GCGGAGAACUUCCGGUGGAGUGUACGGUUGAUUGGAAUUCUGUGAAGAAGUCGAAGAUGUCUCAUACAAUCUUGCUUGUGCAGCCGACAAAGAGGCCUGAAGGAAGAACAUAUGCAGACUAUGAAUCUGUCAAUGAAUGCAUGGAAGGGGUAUGUAAAAUGUAUGAAGAACACUUAAAGAGAAUGAAUCCCAACAGUCCAUCCAUAACAUAUGACAUCAGUCAGUUGUUUGAUUUUAUCGAUGACUUAGCAGAUCUUAGCUGUUUGGUGUACCGUGCAGACACUCAGACAUACCAACCCUACAAUAAAGACUGGAUCAAAGAGAAGAUUUAUGUUCUGCUCCGUCGACAGGCUCAGCAAGCAGGCAAAUAG